CCUGCGCGGCAGGAGGGCGGAAGUGGCUGGGGAGCCGAGCACCAUCCUGAGGGGGCGAGAGCGAGGCUGGGGUUGAGCCCGCGCUUGGCCGGCCGUUUGUUCGCCUCCCCUUCCCUGUCCGUCCGCCCCCGCCUUUGCUCCGUCUCCUGUGCUUGGGACUACUUUGCGUGUCCAUCCGCCGCAGUCAGUCGCUCUGUCUGUCUGUCUUAGUCCCGCCUUCUGUCGAGCCCCCACCCGCCCUCCUCCUCCUCCUCUUCCUCCUCUUCUGAGGCUUCCCGAAUCCUCGCCUGUGAGGCGUCCCAGCAGCCCGCUUGGCCUCCCCUCUUGCUCAGGGACUUCCUGUGGCUCCUGCCUCACUGAGGACUAGCCUCUUUGGCCUCCAGACCUCAGCUGGGCAGGGCGUGGGGGCAGGUCUCCUCAGCCCCCGGGGCCCAUCUUUUGUGGAAGUGCUGUAGACUUGGGUGAGGAAGCUGCAAGCCUGUCAGACCUUUUCCCUGGGUGGAGGAUCAAGGGCUGCUUUCUCUGCCCCUCGAACUCACUCUUGCUCUGUCUUGCUGUAUUUGCUACCCUGUCUGGAGCUGAUCUGGGAUUCUCUGCCGCCGGUCACCCCGUGCAUCUUGACCACUGCUUCUGUCCACCUGUCCACGUAGCUGAGAAGCUGGUCUGUCCCAUCUUUCCGCCACUCCUUCGACUUGGCUCAAAGUUGCUCUCUUCCUCGGUUUAGACGCAUCUGGAUCCAAACCCUGCUUUGGUUGCAUCUCUCUCAGCCUGCAGUGUGUCUCCACGUCUGCGUGAGCCUAUUUCGCCACCCGAACGAGAGCCAGCAUGUCUGUGGCCGGGUUAAAGAAGCAAUUCUACAAAGCCAGCCAGCUGGUCAGUGAGAAGGUUGGUGGCGCCGAAGGGACCAAGCUAGAUGAAGACUUCAAAGAAAUGGAAAAGAAAGUGGAUCUCACCAGCAAGGCCGUCACGGAAGUCUUGGCCAGGACGACAGAGUACCUCCAACCCAAUCCUGCGUCCCGAGCCAAGCUGACCAUGCUGAACACGGUGUCCAAGAUCCGGGGCCAAGUGAAGAACCCGGGCUACCCGCAGUCAGAAGGCCUCCUCGGCGAGUCCAUGAUCCGUUACGGCAAGGAGCUGGGGGACGAGUCGAAUUUUGGCGACGCGCUGCUUGAUGCUGGCGAGUCCAUGAAGCGCCUGGCUGAAGUGAAGGACUCCCUGGACAUCGAAGUCAAACAGAACUUCAUUGACCCCCUUCAGAACUUGUGUGAUAAAGACUUGAAAGAGAUCCAGCACCACCUAAAGAAGCUAGAGGGCCGGCGCUUAGACUUCGACUACAAGAAGAAGCGCCAGGGGAAGAUCCCCGAUGAAGAAUUGCGGCAAGCCCUGGAGAAGUUUGAGGAAUCCAAGGAGGUUGCUGAGACAAGCAUGCAUAACCUCUUGGAGACUGAUAUCGAACAGGUGAGUCAGCUGUCCGCCCUGGUGGAAGCCCAGCUCGACUACCACAAGCAAGCGGUGCAGAUCCUGGAUGAGCUCGCAGAUAAACUCAAGCGCAGAGUGAUGGAAGCCUCCUCACGCCCCAAACGGGAGUAUAAACCGAAGCCCCGAGAGUCGUACGAAUUUGCAGAGCCUGACCAAUCGAACGGAGGCUUUUCCUGUAAUCCCGCCCCCAAAGUCUCAGCUUCUUCCUCUUUCCGAUCCGAAAAACCAUCCCGGACCCCCAGCCGGAAUUUUUCUCACCUGGACCAGCCCUGCUGCAAGGCUCUGUACGAUUUUGAGCCUGAGAACGAUGGGGAGCUGGGCUUUAAAGAGGGCGACAUCAUCACAUUGACCAAUCAGAUCGACGAGAACUGGUAUGAAGGCAUGAUCAACGGCCAGUCGGGCUUCUUCCCGCUCAACUACGUGGAAGUGCUGGUCCCGCUACCUCAGUGAGGCCGCCUCCGCCUCACCCGGCUUUCCGCUGUGGGUUUUCGACCCCCGUUCUCCCCCCUCGCCUCCUGCAACACCGAGAGUGCUCAGGGGGGGGGGUGCGCUGGAGUCGGACUUCCUUCUGUACAUUCCAAGUGGUAACCUGACACUAAUUUUUUUCCCGUCCAGCCGGUGGAAACGGAUGGGUUGAUUGUAUCGGCACAAGGCUUGGUGGAAGGGAAUGAGAUGGGGGGGAGGGGGGGGUGAAACACCAGCAAGGUUGAACCUGACUGCACGCAUCUCCUUAGUCUGUCCCAUUUUGGGGUUCUUGAAUAGAAAUGUCAAGAUGCCAAACAGGGCGCCUCUUGCUUUCCCUUUGCAAUCUGUUCUCUUCCCCUCCCUGCCCCGUCCCAUGAAGCACGCUGCCAGAGUUGGAAACUUGAGGUGUGCAAUUUGACUUGUGGGCUUUCUUAGUGUGUGUGUGUGCACAGAACUUGUCAUUGUGGGGUCUGCCUGGUGUCCCAAAGUGCAGGGUGACUGUCGCAACUUACUGUGGAGUGCAUUAAACACUACCAGAGACCUUCUCUGUCUUUGACUAUUGUGGGAAUUGGAGCAUUCCCAUUUGGCCCAGUGGCAACCAUUUUGGAUUUCUGUUAUGAUUUCCCCCUCCCUCCCUCCACCUCUUUCAGAUGAUAUUCCAACCUAGAAGAAUCCUUCUGGGGAAAUAGAUGUGUGUUUUGUAUGCAGAGGAAGGGACUGAAUUUUUAUUCUCACCGAGAUCUGGGUUCUAUUCCUCACAAAGACCAUUUCAGACCAUACGUGGGGAUUCAAAGCUCUGAAUGCUGCUUUAUUCUAUAAACGAAUCCCUGCACAUGGCAAGCUUAUCAGGCAACAGGUGGAGCUGGAAUCCUUGACAUUCUGGUGGUCUCCAUACAGGGAGGUUUUUACUCAAACAUGAACCAGCAUUCAAUCUGCAGUAGCAGGCUGACCCCGCUCACUGAGAAAUGGGCCCAAAGACAAGGGGUUUGGAGACCAAGCUGGGGUCCUCCUGGAAGGAGCAUGAGGAGAAAUGCUUUGAGGUACCCCACAAUAAUUGGCCACGCAUGACCCUCCCAGCCCCUUCCCCAUAUUGGCAUCUCCCUUCCCUCAUCUUUGGGUCGUUGUCAGUAUUGUGGUCUCAUCCGCCAUGUUUUGUGUGUGUGAAGAACAGGGCCCCAGCAGCUAUACCGAACGGCCAGGGGCAGCAUACUCGGGGGGCUUGAGUGAGGAGGACCACCGCCAAUUUAUGAUCAGCAUCCUUCUUUGGCCACCUGCUGCGACCUUUUGAAACUCCCCGGCCUUCCUGUUCCAGUACUUUUCCCUGUUGCAGAACUUGAGGGCUUCUCCUCAGCCCGCCCUCAGCCCCCUCACUCGUCCCCGUUUAACGUGCCUUGUCUCUCGACUUCCUUCAAAACCGGGGCCUUGUCCACGAAGGAUUGUUCCGUCCACACCCUUGUUCCUGGUCCUCAGACUGGUCCCAUCUUGUCCCGUUCUCCACUACCACAGUGAUAAUUUUCACCCGUACAAAUGGGUUGGAACAGGUUUGUGCCGCUUCUCACAAAGAACCCCUCGUCCCCGCUACGAAACUGCUCCAUUGAAGGGUCUUAAGCCGGGGUUGUGUGGGUGGCUCAUGCUGUGUGCCUGCGUCCCCUGAGCGGUCACAGAGGCAGGCAGCUGUGCGAACAAAGGAAAUGUUGAGGGAACUGAUACAUUCCAGUAGGAGCCUGAAAGUCACAUUCCCAGAUCUGUGCCUCAGGGGAUGUGUCAUGACAUCCCUUCCCUAUGAAGUGAGACAGUGGCAGCUGCCUCCCACUGUAUUGUCAGUGCAAAAUGGCACAGUUGAGCCAAGAUACUUAGGACCAUUUGUCACCUUAACAAACGGUCAAGUGAAAAUCAAACCUGGGACCAACUUCAGCAGAUCCCUGUCUGCUGAAACCAACACUUUUGUGACACAGGAGGCGGCUGUGAUCCUCCAGUGUCUGCCAUUUUGGAAUAUAUAUUUUAAUGCCUCCCUGAUAAUAGUGUUCCCUGCCUGCCAAAAGGUCAGUGAAAGGUUUUUACUUUGUGCUUUUUCCCUGAUGUGUAACUUUUCUACAUGCAGGGAAAUCUUUUUAAACCACCCCCAGUGAAAAAAAUGUAGUACCCUGGCAGCCAUAUUAACGUCUGUCACCCCAGCUGUCAAAGCCGCCAUGCAUCUUUGACUUGGUGUCUUGAAAACAUGGGCUAGCCCACAGAGCUGAUUCAGCCUUUUCUUAGCAAGAUCUCCAUCUGCCUGCGGAACCAAGCGCCUGUUCAGUCUCAGCCAAGCCCCUUCGUCUCGGGACUCUUAGCCGGUGGGGGGGGGGAUCAGCUGAAUCCCAAGGCAGUGAGGUCCGAAGCACUUAAGUACUUCUUGGCUCCUCCAGAUAUUCUCCUUCCUCCAGAUUCAGCCUGGAGCUGGGGUUUGGGGAAAAAAGAUUUGCAGAAGAAUUUAAUUAUAGUGGACUAGCAAGAUUGCUAAUCUCUGAUUAUACUAGACCUUCCAGUGGUUUAAAAACUUAUUUUCUUCCCGUCCCCCAAUCAAGUUCUUUUACACUCUCUCACUGCAGGCAGUGGGAUUGGACACAACUACCCAUUGGGAGGUAUUCCAAGAGGCCGUCUUUGUCACUGGCCUCCUUCUGGUACCCCCCCCCCUUUCCUGGACGGGGGUGGGGGGGGGUCUUGAUCUGGUGAAGAUGUGGCUCUGCCUACAUGUCUUUCUGUAGCUCAAAAGAUGUUUUUCUGUCGUAUGUGGGGGGGUUUUUUGGGGGGGCACUGUUUUUCUGUCAGGCUUUUUAAUGUGGAGGCCUGAUUUUUUCUAAAAGGGUUGGGUGGGGAGGACAGAGAAUUGUAAGGCUUUUUUCUCUUUCUUGACCAUCCACACCAGAUCUUUUCCCUAUUUCCUUUUUCUUUCUUAAUGGAAUCCCUCCCCGCCCCACCUGUAACCCCAGUAUUGAGAUACCCGCAAUAUUUAUAUACAAUAUAUAUAUAUAUAUAUAUCUAAAAAUAGUAUUUCAUUGUAAUUUGUCUUGUCCAACCCUGGUGGAGGAGAAGCCAUUCAUUCUUUGCCUUGUAAGGUCUCACAGAUGCUGCUUUGAAACAAAAUGAAAACUCUUCUUUGCUUUCAAAUCUCUAUCUUUAACACACACACACUGUGGCCACAUUCUUGUAGAAAUACCUUGGUGGUCUGUGUGUUCUGUUUCUUUCCCUAGCCAUUUCUGCACAUGAUCCUAGGUGUUGUAUGGCUGAAAUAGCCAUAUCUCUCCCCCCCACACACACACACCCCCAAUUCACUUAAAAACACUUUGUUAGCAGGCCUGGUCCUGCUGGGAUUCAACUCUUGCAUUUGUCAGCAAUUCUUGAGCACCCCCCUCUCCCCAAUUUCACACCUACCAGUACUACAGGGCGGAAAAACUGUUGGGGGAGCUUUGCAUAUUCUUUGUCUAACCAGUAGCAAUGUCACGUCAGGAUAUAACUGUUGGUAUCUGGUACAUUUGAGUGAAACAGAUAUUUUCUUAUUCUGGGCCAUGUGUUGAAGUGUUUCUCCCUUUUGUUUAUGCCCCCCCCCCUUUUUUUUCUUUUGGAAUAAAAAGGAAAAAAACACCUUGUAUCCUUGAAAUAAAAAAAAGUAUUACAUGUU